UGUACUUGGAAAUGAGGUAUCAGUCUUGGAGUAGGCGACUUUUAAAAAGCAUCGGCAGCCCGUGAUAUGACGACUUCGCUGGUCCUGCAUCCACGCUGGGCGGACACCUUGAUGUACGUGUAUGAAAAAAGCCCGAAUGAAAAUAAUCAGAAUAAAAACCAAAUUAUGGAAGGAUUGAGCGGGAAUUGUCCUGCGACUCAUUGCAGGGAACUGAUCUCACACCCCGCGCUGGGGCGGCAUUCCGGCACCAUAGCGACUCACCAGGGAUCCGUGUACUCGGAUAUAUCUUCCCCUGAAACUGGGCGACAGUGCCCCGCUCCACAGACGUCAUCUAGCGCCUCUCUGAGUUACGGCUACCCGUUUGGAAACCCUUACUACGGUUGCAGAUUAUCUCACUCGCACAACGUGAACUUGCAGCAGAAACCAUGUUCAUACCAUCCCGCAGAAAAAUAUGCCGAGACGAGCAGCGCCUUGCCCACUGAGGAGCUCUCCAGCAGGGCAAAAGAGUUUGCUUUCUACCCGAGUUUUGCCAGCUCGUACCAGGCGGUUCCAGGAUAUCUAGACAUGUCGGUGGUCCCCAGUAUUAGUGCGCAUCCCGAGCCACGUCACGAUGCAUUGAUCCCCAUGGAUGGAUAUCAACACUGGGCUCUGUCGAAUGGCUGGGAUGGGCAGGUGUACUGUUCAAAGGAGCAAACACAGUCUUCUCAUCUUUGGAAAUCUCCGUUUCCAGAUGUUGUUCCGUUGCAGCCAGAAGUCGGUGCCCCAUGGUACCCGAUGCACACCCGGACGCGCAAGAAGCGAAAGCCCUAUUCCAAACUGCAGCUGGCCGAGCUUGAGGGAGAGUUCAUGCUGAACGAGUUCAUCACCCGGCAGCGACGUAGGGAGCUGUCUGACAGGCUCAAUCUCAGCGACCAACAGGUUAAAAUUUGGUUCCAAAAUCGGCGGAUGAAGAAAAAGAGACUGUUGCUAAGGGAGCAGGCUUUGUCCUUCUUUUAAGGAGGCACAAAAUAUACAUUGCUUAAUGGUAGUCCAACAACAGUAUUUAGUUAAUGGUAAUCUGCCAUUGGCCCAUUUUACUCUGAAAGUCUUGCCCCACGAUGCAUUCAGAAAACGCGAAUAAGAAUUCAAACAUAAUAGGGGUAUGCGACCAAAUGAUGGCUCCAGAAGUCUGCUUAUACAGUGUGGUCUAUGUAGUGUUUAUUUAAGAGUGUUCGUGGCCAGAAAUGUUGGGCAAUACGGUGGGAAUGUUUUAGUUUAAGUUUUGAAAGUAACAAGCUGUCUAAGCCAUCAAUCACUUUAUUAAGUAAUGAACUGCUAGUUAGAAACUCAGACAAAUAUAAGCUGUGAGAUAGUAUUUCGGACAAGUAAAAAGUUUUCUUAUUAGUCUGAAAAGAUUGCUAAAUAUUUAUUGUCGGAGUGUUAAAACAAUUUUUGUAAUUAUAACAUAACACUCGUGCCAUGAUCAGUGUUCGAAGCUAGAAAAAACGCCAUACUUGGUCAUAACGAGAAUCCUUAACUGUUCGCAAUCUCCCAUCUAUGUUUUAUUUAGCCAGUUAUCGCUAAGAAAGGGCCUUACAAAUUCAGUACUCGACAAUAAGAAGCGUGGGCAGCGUUAUGCCAUCAACGUCUUAUCUCCGUUCUGCAGUCAUCGCCACGUGUUCUAUGGCACGUUCACGGUCACGGGCACAAAGUUAGUGACCCAACUCAUAUCUUGGGCCCUUGAGAACCAAACUGCAAUUACAGAGCAGCUUUUAUGAAUAGACUUUGAUCUAGCCUGUGAAAUGUCAUUCUGACUACUGUUAGGAAGUUUCUUUCUACAACUAGAUAUUGGCCAAAGUGUAAAUUGGUAGGCCUGCAACUAAGCCGCACACACUGCUAAUAAAAUAUGUAUUCAUGAUAUAGUGAAAAACUAUAGGUGUCUCUAUCAUAUUUGCAUUUUUAACAGCAUUAAUUUGCCAUUAACGAUUGCUUGUCCCUUGAUCUGCGUUAUUUGGACAUAUUCGCUUAGGUUUAGUUAAUUAAUUCACAACAACAAUGCUUCUGGGAGCGAAAUGCAUGGUCAAGUAAUAUUAAGAAGACGCGCAAGUAUAAAUUAAAACAAAGGUUACGUCAUUUAUAAGUGUAAUGGAAGUAGCAAUCAUACUGAGGAGACCAGAUCUAAAUCCCAAAAAUCACAAGCCUGUUUUGCUAAUUAGCGGGACCCAUUGUGUAAUUUGAAACAUUAUUUACUAAACUCAUGGAUUAUAUGUCAGUGAAAUAGUUAAUAUUUGCUGCAUGAUUAUAGUGACUGUAGUUAGAAGGUAAAAAGCAAAUGUUUUUCCGACUAUUUUUGGUCAACAA